UGCGCUCUGCGCGCACGCGCGGAAGUGGGGCUGUUGUGCGGGGCACGUGUCUGGUGAUUAUGGCUCGGGAGAAGCGGCUGGAGCCAGACCCCGAAGUGGCGCCGGAGCGAUCGUACCAGGAGCUGCUGGGGAACCUGAACCCGAUCGCGCGGCCGCUGGCCUCCCGCAAGCUCACCCGCAGGCUGUACAAGUGCAUCAAGAAAGCGGCAAAACAAAAGCAGAUCCGGCGGGGAGUGAAGGAAGUUCAGAAAUUCAUCAACAAGGGCGAGAGAGGGAUCAUUGUCCUUGCUGGAGACACACUGCCUAUUGAAGUUUAUUGCCACAUCCCCAUCAUGUGUGAAGACAGGUCCCUCCCCUAUGCUUAUAUCCCCUCCAAAUCGGAUCUGGGAGCAGCUGGAGGCUCAAAGCGCCCAACCUGUGUGAUAAUGAUCAAGCCACAUGAGGAGUACCAGGAGGCAUAUGAGGAGUGUUUGGAGGAGGUUGGGUCCCUUCCUGUCCCACUGUGAAGGACCCGGGGAGUGCCUGCGCUGUAGCUUCUGGCUGGCUGGGUCUGCACUGCCCCAGCAACAUUCGCUGGCCUCCGAGGACUUUACAAAAUGAAAUGUGAGCAACUUGCUGGGUGCUUAGUGUGGCGGGGAGGGGGCUGCAUGGACCCUGGGUUUUUUACAUUUAACUAACUAAAAAAAAUUGUUCUGAAAUAAUUGAGUAGCAGCUGCUGAGGGUGGGGGCAGAUGGUGACUAACCUCCCCCUUGAAGGGAGGGGGGAGAGCAGGUUUCCUGGACAGGCUAGCAUUCUUGUGGGGGACGAGCCCAAGCCAUGAGCAGCAAGUCAGCCCUGUUCUGUUGUGGAUGAAAUAAAUGUAUCUGUACAGCUGUUUGCUGGGGUUGUUAGUAAAGUCACUGUUGGAGGCACCCUGGCUUUAAGGCCACAUUCAGAGCAUGAGGCUGAUGUACCAUCACCAGCAGAGCUGGGCCUGAAGGCUGGAUAAUGGAAAGUGGGGGAGGAACAGGGAUGACUGUGUAGAAAUGACAUUGACAACCCAGAAACUGCCUUCUUUCUGGCCCACCAGCAUUUGCCCUGGGAUAAAUACAGGCCCUUGCACUGGAUGCAGGUGUCCCUUUCAGUCAAGCCCAGACACAGCUAGGUGGGAACCACUGUGUUUGGGACUUGGACCUGUGGUAGGAGCUUGGGCUAAAUGAACAAGAGACUACAGUGAAUUCAGCUAAAUGAACGUAGGGCAGGAGCCAUGCCUACCUAUUGUAACAUGCACUCCCCAACCAUGGCGCAUGGCUGACUGAUGGCCUCUCUCUGCAUCAAAAAUAUCAGCCCCCUGUGUGUUUCCUUGUGGGAGCACGGGGGGAGAGGAAUUUGGGCUCGUCUCUCCAGCCCUUGGACCAGUCCCCACAGCCCUUGGUUAUGCCCAGCCUGCUGAGGGGGGUGGGGAGGGAUUGAGGACUCAUACACACAUUUCUUCUCCCCCCUCCCCCUGGUGGGGAGAUGGCUCCAGCAUGUGGGAUGUCUGACAGGCAGUGAGACUGGAGUCUUAGAGCUGCAGUCAGCCACACAUGAGGUGACUGUGCAGCAUUGUCACGUGCGUUGAUUCUAUCCUAUCCUGCCACCACCCCGGUGUGCCCCACUGCUGUGCUGGCCAGGGCUGUGGGCAACCUGGAAUGACAAUGAGUUACGACCCACCCCAGCCUCUCAUUCAGCUGGCAGCAGAUUUCCUCACUGAGGGCUGCUGAGCCCAGGGGUGAGGUACUGACCAGCUACCAGGUACCUCGUACCCUGGAGCAGCUGGGAACUGCUCCUUGUGCCUGGAAGCGCUUCAGACACCACUCCGAGCUGGAUCUAAAAGCCACUGGGGCAAAUAAAAAAAGGAUGAGCAACCAACCGCUCUGAGCAGCAGGUACUGGCAGCUAUCCUGGCUGUACAGGCUGGACCCCCACCACUACGGGACUCCAGCCAUCACUGCCAGAUAUGGGUGAGGGGAGACAGGGCUGCAGAGCUACUGCUGCAUCCACACCAGGCUCACAGCCCAGUCUCUGUGGCCAGGCCAGCCUUGCCCCCAGAACAGCCCCAGCACCCUGAGCUCUAGACUAAAUCCACCAGGUGUAGCCAGCAUGCCACACUUCUGUACCCUCUACAGCCUUGGAGCCCAAGCCAGGGCACACGCAGGCUGCAGCUACCCAGGGCUGUAGAAUGUUUCUGUACAGAGCUCAGGCGAACUUAACCCUUGGGCUAGAUGCAGAUAGGUCACCAGAAGAAUUGUUCCAUUAACCUAAUUCCUGCUGCUCAGGGAGGUAAAUUAGGCAACAGAAAAACCCUGCCCUUGCUGUAGGAUGUGCCUACGUGAUAGCACCACCAUGGCACAGCCCUUUACCUUGAUACCGUCUGCUCAUCAGCAGGGCAGCCCCUGUGAGCUGGGAGAGGUUAGUGGCAGCUGCAGUGCUAAACAUCCAUGGAAAUGCUAUGCCUGGAGGCAAAGCAAACGAUUGCUCUGCGCUCAGCGGUGGCAGGCCCAGAAGCCCUGGCUGUACACACUGCAUCCCAUGCAGAUGGUGGGGCAGGCAGGAAAGGGGUGCGUAAAUAAUGAAAAUGUUUGAGGCUCAGUGUAUCCCUAGGAAACAUGGUACUUGGGAACGAGCUGUUCAGGCUAAGAACACAGCGACGGGAAAACAGGAAUUUGUCACAGGACUGUAAUUUUAAAUUAGUCCUGUGAAUAAACGCUCAAAGAGUGUCCCGAUUGUAACAAAUCUGUGAAUGAUCACUAAGCAUGAUGGCACUGACAUCCCAAGCAGCAGAAUGUACACAAAAGCCUAAAGAAAGCGCAUGUGACUGAAUACCACAGUGAAAUCAGCAAGACAGAAGGUCAGUAAAAUUGUGCGGAGGCAGAAAAUGAUGUAAGUGAUUUGGAAACCAGCAUGAGUAUAAGAAAUGGCCAGGAUUCAGGCACUUGGUCAAUGAUUUAAAGCCCAUUCAAACUUCAGCGCUGCGAUAUUUUGCCCCAUCUGCAGAGAUGCUUCUAAAGGAGAGCUGAGUGUGGCAGGGGCCUGACUGGGUGCCAGUCUUUAUGCAUCCAGGGCUGUGACAGCCGCAGAGAGGCUGUAUACACACAGAGAGCCACUCAGUCUGGCGUAUGGAUGUACAUGAUUUCACUACUUCCUCUAGUGCUGUAGCUUCAAAGUAGAAACUGACCCUGAUUACAAUACACAUAAAGAGGCUUGAAAAGCAUCACCAAGGAUAUGGAAGCCUGAGGGCGGCCCAGUCACACUCUUCAAAGCUGUGAAGGGCUGUUAUAAACAAAACAGGGAUCAACUGUUCUCCACGUCCGCUGAAGGUAAGACCACAAGAAAUGGCUUAAUCUGCAGCAAGGGAGAUUUAGGUUAGAUAUUAG